CCACUAGUUAAAAAAAAAAAAAUCAGAUUUGAUCAUUAUCAUGAACUAGCCGGAAGAAGAUCGCAUGGCAAAUUGCUUUUUUCCUGAAGAGGGGAAUUGGGCAGCUGCCCUGCGCAGUGACACCGUCUUGGUUCCAUGGCCUGUGUCUGCUAAUGCCUCUUCCCCGACCUUCCAGGUUCCGGGAUUCCCUCCGUGGCUACCGAUGGUGACACCGAUGAAUUCCCCGCAGCUCGAAGGGCUUGCAGAAGAUAGAGCUGCAAGUGCUUCCAAGAGCCACAGCCAGGCCGAGAAGCGGCGCCGAGACAGGAUCAAUGCUCAGCUUGCCACUCUCAGGAAACUAAUUCCCAAGUCUGAAAAGAUGGACAAGGCAGCUCUGCUGGGGAGUGCAAUUGAUCAUGUGAAGGAGCUGAAGAGAAAAGCAACUGAAGCCAGCAAAUCCUUCAUCGUCCCGACAGAAGUUGAUGAAGUUAUCAUCAAUGAUUGUGAUUGUGAUCAUCAAGAUUUGGACGAGGGCAAGGAGGGUAUGUUCAUAAAGGCUUCUGUGUGCUGCGAUGACCGGCCCGAGCUGUUCGGGGAGUUCGUUGGAGCCCUGAAGGGGCUGAGACUGACACUGGUUCGGGCCGAUAUAGCCAGCUUGGGAGGCAGAGUGAAGAGCAUUUUGGUGGUGAGCAGUGAGCAUAGGGAAGAGGGUGUUUCAAUAGCCAGUGUCAAAGAGUCACUUAGAGUAGUACUGACUAGAAUUGCAGCUUCUUCUGCAGCUUCAAUCUGUCGCUUUACAAGCAAAAGGCAGAGGUUCUUCUUGCCUUCCCAUGUGAAAGGAGGGUAGGGGUACGACCAGCAUGGCAGUCCCCCAAGGUGUUACCAUAGGUGUUUCCCUUGUUACAAAAAUAUUUGUGUUGAGUCAUGUUAGAGACUUAUCCACAGCAACAACUAGCGGCUCUUCACAAAGCAGUUACACGAAGAUCAGUUCAAAUAUUUCCCAGGAUUCUUGAUAUAUUUGUUUGGAUAUGUAAUCAGUUUCAAUUCAAAUGUUUAAAUUCAAAUGUAUUCCUUUAUUUCUAUCUUUCCAUGAUUUAGUUGUAACAAGAAUAUAUUUUACAUUUCUAUAAAUACACGCCUAUACCUGUGCUUAAGGGAA